GACUUGGGGGGAGAACAGCUGACAAUACGAAAGGAGUGACACCCAACAUCUGGUCCCCCUCAAAGUCUCUGGAACAAUGUCUGUCAUAUCAAUAUAACCUGCAACAAUUUGUUAACAUACAAUAAACUAUAUCUUGUUCACUAUAAGAGAUUCUUGUAGUGAAACAAGGAAAUUGUUUUCCUCUGAACCAAGAGCGCCCUGUAUUUUCCUACACUUAAAGCAAUCGUCAUCAUCACCAGCAACUCACACAGCGUAAAAAAACAGACAUAUCCAAAGAACAGCCUGGUAAUAGUCUUUCUUUUUUCCACUUGUACAAAAAUGUUUGUCCUCCUGCAGUGCCACCACACUUAAGUUCAGGAGAAAGAAACAUACUCAGUGGAGUUUUAACUUUGUUGUGUUAGCUGUCUGUUUGUUAAUGAAGAACUUCCAAAAGCUUGGCAAGGCAAAUUCAGCCUUGGUUCCUGCCUCCGACUCCUUCGCUGUGAAUCCUACGUUUGCAGGUGUCAGAUAUUUUGUGAGGACAUGGUCAGCGUCCACCAUGGAUAUUCUGAAGACACAGGGGUCACAUAUUAAUAAUGCUCCCUGGGUUAAACACUGGAGGGAGCCUGCGUAUUUUGAACGACAAGUUAUUAUGAACGACACAUGGAGUAAGAUCCAUAAGCAGGAGUGAGUUCAAAUGUGUUUUUUUUACGAAAGCAGAUCUCUCAAAAAGAGUGAAAGGUGUCAGGCACAACCUGUUUGAGCCAAGCUUGGGAAACAUUGAGUUUUCAGAGAACCCCCUGGUGUUUUCUCCCGAUGUACUGGGAUGUUUAGCGAGCGCUGGGCAGCAGGUGGCGCAGUGCGGCUCCCAGGCGCCCGCCGGCCCAUCUUGCCCGGAGUGUGCGGUCUUUUCUCGGCGGAGGAGUAAAGGAAAGGCAGGCGGCGGUGGGCUGACCACGGGCUCAGCCAUUGGGUACCGCCGAGGCAUGGCCGGACGUUAUUUAAAGAGCUGACCGGCCGCUGAGGUCCCGGAGCCGAGUGCACCAUGGCCGGCCUCAUCAAGAAGCAAAUCCUGAAGCACCUGUCCAGGUUUACAAAGAAUCUCUCACCUGACAAAAUCAAUGUAAGUACACUAAAAGGAGAAGGUCAGCUGACAAACCUGGAACUGGAUGAGGAAGUGCUGCAAAAUGUGCUGGAUCUGCCCACUUGGCUGGCUAUUACCAGGGUAUACUGCAACAGGGCAGCUAUUAGAAUACAAUGGACCAAGCUGAAGACUCACCCCAUUUGUCUGUUCCUUGAUAAAGUGGAGGUAGAAAUGAGAACCUGUGAGGAACCUCGACCUCCAAAUGGACCAUCUCCAAUUGCCAUUACAGCAGGUCAAAGUGAGUAUGGCUUUGCAGAAAAGGUGGUGGAAGGAAUGUCUAUUGUGGUGAAUUCCAUUAUAGUUAAAAUUGAAGCAAAAGCUUUCAAUACUUCCUUUGAACUGUGGCAACUCCAAGGCUACAGUGUGAAUCCGAAGUGGCAGCAGAGUGAUCUCCGAUUCACAAGAAUUACAGAUCCAGAGCGAGGGGAGGUAUUGACUUUUAAGGAAAUAAAUUGGCAGACACUCCGUAUAGAAGCUGAUGCAAUCCCAGGCGAUCAGAGCAUUAUCAGUACGCCACUAAGACUAAUCACCAACCAGUCGAAAAUCAAACUUGUACUCAAGAGAAGGGUGAAAGAUUGCAAUGUGGUAGGCUCGAAGCUAAUGUUCCUUUUGGGUGACUUGCUGUGGGUUCUUACUGACUCCCAGCUGAAAGCGAUGAUUGAAUAUGCACAGUCACUCAGUGAGGCCAUGGAGAAUUCAGCCAAGCAGCGGAAGAGAAUGGCUCCAGAUGCUCAAGGGACAAGUGGAUCAGUGCCUAGUGUCCAUCAGACGCGAAUGCAACCAGCUUCCUCAAGCAACAGUUUGAACAGUAUUAGUCAGUAUUUUGAUAUGUAUGAUGUGAAAGAAUCAUCCUAUCACAGUCAGAUCUCACGCCUGGAUUUGCACAUUUGUGAUGAUGGCGCCUCAAUGGAACAAGGAGCAUCUAAACAUCGAAUUGCUGGAGGAGCUAUACAGUUAACAUUCAGAAACCUGAGCUUCGACUAUUAUCCCUUCCACUGGGCAAAUGAUAGUUGCAAACAUUGGGUUAGACAUUGUGAAACAAUGGAAGCGAGAUCACGCUGGGCUAAAGACCUGCUUCAAGAGUUUCAGUCCAAAGUGCAAACAAUAAUAGAUCAUCAUGAGGGUCUAACAGUUGUCAGAUCGCCAACAAAAGAAUCUCCUGGCAAAAGAAAGGGGUCACCAACACGAAAGGUAGAUGCUGGCAAAAGACGUGCAAGUGAUCAGUCAGCAUCAGUUGCUAAUUCCGAUUCUCGGCAACCCCCAUGGAACAGGCUGCUCUCCAGCUGUGUGGUCAUCCGCAUUGAUGACCUGGAUGUUUAUCAGGUCUCAGCUGCAGGUCAGCACAGUAAGAAGCCAACAACAUUACUUUCCUGCAACAGGACGUCAUACCAUCUUCCAGCUGGCAUGUCAGCAAUUCACAUUGAAUUCACUGAAUACUAUUUUCCUGACAGUAAAGAAUUUCCUGUGCCUUCUCCUAAUCUUUAUGUAAAUCUCAAUACCUUGCAAUUUACACUGGAUCCAGUCAGCAUGCUGUGGAUGAACUCCUUCUUUUUGGAUUUGUAUCAGACACUACAACAGUUUAAAGCCAUCUAUAAACUGAAUAAUUCUGUGAAAGUGGAUGAACAUGUUGACUUUUGUAUGAAUGGACUCAUGUUGAAGUUCAUUAUUCCAGUGGACAAGAAGAUAAUUGCUCAUCCAGACAGACCACAAUACCUCACCAUUCAGACUUCAGAUGUUGUGGCUACGAAUACCCGUCACUCACUAAACUGCACACACUCUGAUCUCCAACUGGUGCUAAAAGCUUUCAAAGACUUUGAAUUCUUUCAUGUGUCAUAUAAAGAGUUCCCCAAAUGUGCAGACAGUUUUGAUGUGCUGCAAAACGUUUUCUUUCAUCAUGCUUUUGAACAACAAAUCAAUAUGGAUAGAAUAUACACUCAAAAAAAAUGCAACUAUGAUGUAUUAAAGACAUUGUCAGCUGCAGAUAUUUGGUCGCUCCAUUUUUCCCUGCUCUGGUUGGACUUUGAGGGUAUGGAGAGUUCGAAGGGCAAGCCUUUGAACUUUGUGGAUGCAUUUCCCCUCUCCAUUUGGGUGUCUCAACCAUCUAAGUUUCAGAAAGCCAAGGAAUUAUCCAGUCAUUUAGCAUCUGAAUGUAGCAUUGAUUUAGAGGAUUGCAACACGAGUUUGGGCCAUAAAUUCAAUUUGUCCAGCUGCAAAGAAUCCCUUGGAAAUGGAUUGCAAGCCAAUACAAAGCAAGAUUUUAUGGGUGCAGAAGUGCUGAGAUCUUCUAAAGGGAUUGGAGAGGAAGGGAAAUUGAGAGAAGCCAGCGAACAGGAUGAUUCUGAGGCAGAUGUACAUGUUCUAGUGUACAGCACUGCCCAUGUAAAAGCACAUAUAAACCAUUACCAUUACCUUGUUCUACUCAGACUGAAGGAGUAUCUCAUUCAGCUACAGGAGGACCUCAGUCAGGAUGUGGAAAGAUGGACUAAAAACCCAGUUAAAUAUGGCAGUACUUGCAUAGGGUUGUUGAUAAAGAGUGCAGAAAUUGCUUUACUGCUUCACCCUGCACCAACUGGACAUUAUGAUGCCAAAUCCCAGGAAUCUGAAAGCACAAGUCUGGCUGAGUCAGAACUUUCACCUUCUGGAAGUAAAGAGAGUCUGACCAUGGAGGUCAAGCCUUUGAACAGAGCAACAACUGAUCAACUGGACGAUACCAUUACUUCUAUGGAUGACAGUGGGAUUCACAAUGGGGAUUUAAGUAUUGCAACCUCAUUAGAUCUUGGUGUUUUGUCACAAGAUGGUAUGCUUGUGAGCAGUGCUCCUGUUUCUAACAGUGAAGAGAUGGCAACUCAAACACUAGAAAAAGGACUUGUGGAGGAAGCAUUUGAAGCAGUGGAGUCACUAGAGGUUGAACGUUCUGGCGAUGUCAUUGAUCACUCUACUUCUCACCCCACUUUAGCUACAAGCACAUCUUUGAUUUUAGACCCACAAAGAGAGAGCAGAUCAUCUGGUGGCAAUGUCCAGGCUGAUACUGUUCCAUUUGAGGAUGUUGAUUCAACUCCAUUGACUGUAACAAAGGAUGUUGCCAAAGAAGCUCUGCUGAUAACUGUGGAUUUUACGAAAGAAGCAGUUUGUCUUACAAAAGAUGCUUUCAGUCUCAGCAAGGAAAAGAUGGCGAGCACAAUGCAAAAGAUGCUUUCUCUGUCAUCCUCUAGAGAACAGCUGUCAAAAGGAGAAGAUGGUUUAUCCUCCUCAUUAUCCAGCACUAAACUGCGAUUUUUAAACAUGAAGCGUACCAACUCUCAGCAUUCCCUUGACACUGCGUCACUUGAUGGAAGCCUGACAGAAGAUCGAAUAUCUAUGGACAGUGACGGCAGUGAGAAGUAUGUUAUCCUCCUGGAAGCAGAAUCUGGACAGGAAUCUCUUCCCCCAGAUAGCAAUAUUCAUACAGCAUGUGAAAUGGGCAGCAAUCGGAGUCUACCAGAAUGUGUAGAUGGAGGACAUGGAGCACAAGGCUUUCAUAAACCUUCUACAAUGACAAACUCAUCAACUCAAAGCGAGGAUGAUUCUAAUGCUGAACAGGCUUCUGUAUUGUUGCUGAAGGUAUUUGACUUGAAUUGUGGAAUUGACAUAAAAGGUGAUGAUCUUUUCAUUGGUGUUCAAGCAAAAGAAGUGAUUCCUGAUCAGCUGGGCAACUUGGGAGUGCAGCAGUUUCUAAGUAGCCGUACAACUGGUUUUCAGAAAGCGUGCUCUCUGGAGUCCAAGAGAACCCAACCUGCUGUGUGUUUGAGAUUUGAAUCAGGACCCCACUCGGCAGUUCUCUCUCCUCUUGCUGUCAAGAAUGGAUUUCUGCAAUUCCACAUCAAUAAUUACAAUGCAGAGCUGUUGAUGUCAUCUCUCACAAAUCUGGGCCCGUUCUUGGAAGAUGAGACCAUUCCAGAAGUGAUUCCAAUGAAGAUAGAACUUUUUAACUGUAGAUUAACUCUGAAGGAUGAUGGCCCACGAAUAUAUGCUACAUCUUCUGGUCCUGUACCUCUGCAUCUUGAUGUUGAUCGCCUUCUGGUUCAGCGGAUUGAUGACGGGACUUUUUGUAUAAGAGCGUUGCAGACAGAUCAAAAUGAGCCAGUAUUGACAAAACUGGAGAAUUAUUUGGUCACCACUGGAUCGCAUCAGACCCAACUUGGACCAAUCAAAAAUAGGGGAAUGCAGUCACUCUCUGAGACCCAGAGUCCAUCAGAUCUGGGCAUCAGCACCACCAAGGACAUGCAGAAUGAAAUCCUUAGGCAGGAACUUGCCAGCAUGAAGGAAGCUUUGACCAAGGCAAAUCAAGAUCGGGAGAGAUUGCUGCAAGAAGUCAAGAAGCUGAAUCCUGACUUUAAGCUUUGACAGUCACUACAGCCCAGCAUACUGUUGCUGCUGCUAACAGGCCAAACACACACUGAUUAGAACAAAUAGUAUUUUCUGAUUGAUUGUUGGAAAGAUCAGCAUAAAACUUGAGUUACCAAGUGAGUCCAGCAGCAGCAGCUACAAGAGCAAGGUCAAUCUGUGUGGAAGAGACCUUUCUUGAGUUCCAGUGAUAUUUUGUACUAAUUUGUCAAGAUGGCAAUAUCCUGGUUGUUGCACACAGCACUUUUGAAGUGUGAUUAUGGUGGUUAUAAGAUUGCACUAUAACUUCAGAUCGUUAAAUUGAUGACCACCUUUCCUCUUUUUAAAAAAAAAAGCCUGGAAUAAAUGAGUUGCAAGUAUUACUGCUUGAGGCCUCUGA